UAUAAGAGCGGGAGAGCCGCUGGGCCGCCUAGUGCUUCUGUGUUUGUGUCGACGUGAACUGAGUGCUACUCUCAAGAAUGAAGAGUUUACUAGUGUUGUGCUUGGUGGCGGCAGUAGCCCUGGGUUACCCAGUGGGCGAACCAGAAGCUGACAAGCCCAAACAUGUCCUCCCUCUAGUCAUCACCGAGUACUCCUCCGUGGCCAAGAGUGACGACUCCAAGGGAUCCCCGGUGGCCGAGGCCAAGCCAGAGGACCACAAGCCUGCCGAGACUGCGGAGAAACCCGCGGAAGCUGCAGCCGCACCUGCUGCAGAACCGGCACCGGCCGCCCCGGUCGCCGAAGAACAGAAGGAGGCGCCAAAGGAAGACGCGAAGCCGGCUGAAAAGGCAUCCGAGGAGGCCAAACCUGCCGAAGAAGCUAAACCUUCAGAGCCUGCUCCGGAAAAGAAAGAGGAGCCCCAACCCGCUGCGGACGCACCUGAUGCUAGCGCACCCGCUCCUGUAGAAGCCGCCGUCCCUAAGCAGGAAGAUGCUCCUGUUGAGGCUAAGAAAGAAGACAUCAAGGAAGUCGAAAAGAAGGAAGAGGAGAAGAAGGAGGAUGUAAAGGAUGCCGCCAAGAAGGAAGAUGUACCAGCUGAAGAAGUCAAGCCGACAGAAGCGAAGGAGAGCGUGAAUACGGCCGAAAGUGCAGUUUCCGAAACCAAAGCUGAAGCUCCUGAAGUGAAGAAAGAUAAUGCUGAGAAAGUGGUUGAGUCUCCCAAAGAAGAUGCCGCUUCUGUGCAAGACGCUGUCUUGAAGUCUUCGGCCGCCGUUGCUGACGAGCCAAACUCCGAUGUACCCAAUGCAUUGCCAGAAGUUAAGAGCGAGGAAGUCAAAGAGGAAGUGAACAAAGAAGCACCUGCAGAAGACAAAGCCAAGGAACCAGUUGCUGAGAACAAGCCCGAAGAAGAGAAGAAGGCUGAGGAGGAAGUGAAACCAGAAAAACAGGAAGAGGAGAAGAAGGAAGAAGUGAAGGGCGAAAAGGUCGAGGAGAAGAAAUCAGAAGAGAAGCCCGAAGAGAAGAAGGAAGACGACGACAAGUCGGACGAAAGCAGUGAAGAAGACAAGAAGGAGGCGGAAGAGAAGGGCGACAAGAAGGAAGACGAAUCAAAGGAAGACGAUUCAAAAGAGGACGAGAAGAAAGAAGAAAAGAAAGUAGAGGAGAAGAAACCCGAAGAGAAGAAAGCCGACAGGCGGAAGAGAGAAGCUAAGGAAAAGGUCGAUGACAAGAAGCCCACUGAAGUCUUGAAGAAGGGUGAAUCCAAGGAGGACACGCUGAAGAAGGCUAAAAUCGACGAAAAGCACAUCGACGGAAAGAAGGUGGAGAAGGUCAGUGCUGAGCCAGUGGAAGAGAACAAACCCGUCGCUGAGGAAGAGAAGAAAGAAGAUUCAAAGCCAGAGGCAUCCAGCGAGGAGAACAAAUCGUCAGAAGAGGCCAACCCCGCUGAAGAUCACUCACACCACGAGUCCGAGACGAGUCAUGCGCACUCGCACUAGACUAGGCCCGGCCCCCGAGGGCAUCUGUGAUUUCCGCGAGAGGAGUGGAGAGUGUGAACUCCCUUUCUUGCUAAAAGAUUAUUUAUGACCCACCUACAGACAAUCUCUUCUAGCGGGGAAGGGAGCCCGUUGUUCUAGACUGCACUCUUAUUUGAUCACUUUCCUUAAAACCCACAUUAUAUCAAUUUUACUGUUGAGAUCUAUUGCUGUAUAAACUGAACUGUUCUAUAUUAUAUAUAGGAUCUUAUAGCGUAGUAGAUGACUCGCGACUGAGCCGUGUGAUUGUUGCAACUUUAAGUUAAGUGAUUCUAUUGUAUGUAUUGACGUGUACAAGUGCCUUGUAUGUUAUUUUUACAGAUAUCAAAUAAAGAGUGCCGAUUUUUAUA